UGCAGCAGCAGCAGCAGCGGUUGGGAUUCGGAUGCCCGGUGUCGGAAUCCGGGCACGCGAGCGAGGCAGCAAACUGCUGGCUCGGCCGCGCCUGUGACUCCUGCUGCUGUUCCUGCUGCCACACCGCCAGGAUGCCCGCGGGCAGCAGCAGCAGCAGCAGCAGGAGCAGGAGCAGGGAUCCGGGGCUGCUGCCUCUAGCUCUGAGCAAGCCAUGGGCGGCAGCAGCCCAGCAGCCUUGAGCCCUGCAGCGCAGGGCGGCCGCGUGUGGUGGGGCCAAGCCAAGCGAAACCGGUUUCCUUCUGGGCCAGGCUCCGGCUGGCUGGCUGGCACCUCUCUGCGCCUCUCUCCAGAGGCGCAGGCGCGACGCUGGGCUGAGACCGAGCAGGCGGAGGCGGCGGCAGGCAGCCGGGCCGGGCUUCACUCGCUGCGGGGGAUGAUGGAGGAGCCUGGGAGCAGAGGCGGCAGCAGCAGCCGCCGCCGCGCUCCCUUCGCCUAGCAGCAGCAGCAGCGCCGCCGCCGCCGCUUUGCGGGCGAUGGGGACCGAGGACGAGGCUCGAUGAAUAUUCAGGAAUGCCUCGGCCCACCGCGGAGGAGUCCACACCCUCUUUCGCGGCUGGCUCUCCUCCUCGCGCCACCUGGCUCUGCCCAGUUCCCUCCUGGCUGGCGGUGGGAGAGGCGCGCAGCAGGGAUCUCCUCCCCGCCCGCGGCCAGAGCGCGGCGGGCAUGUCCUGAAGACGCACCGCUGGCCGCCGAGGCGCACGCAGCUUUGAUUUGUCAACGAACCUGACCGUCGCCACAUCUGGAUUCUCCAGGAGAAGAAAUGAACCCAGCCACUGGUGAAACGAAGCGUCCCGGCCUGUGAGGAGAAGUCUCCUGUGGAUAGAUACCUGUAGCCAAGUACCGUUGCUGGUCGCUCACCUACUAUGGCCCACAUUCAAAUCUGGAACAGCAUCAAGUCUCUGCGCAGAAAGAACGACGACCCUUUGAACGACUGCAGUGCCUUUGAUUUUUCGGACGAGCUUGACGACGAUGACCCACGGUACAGCAGAAUGCAAGCCGUGGCCUCUGAUGACAGUACCGAUACCAUGGUGGACAUUUCUGCCAACGGUCCCCAUUUAGGACCCCUUUCUGACGAUGAGUCCUUGCUGGACAGGGCCAUUGCUCUGCGGGGCACCCAGACUGGACCUGGUAGAGACCCUAACAGAGACCCCUGUGACAACUGCAACAGACAGAGAGAACUGCUCAAGCAAAGGAAAGUGAAGAGGCAGCUGUUCCUAGCGGCUGUUCUCUAUUUCCUCUUUAUGACGGGGGAACUUAUAGGUGGAUACGUUGCCAAUAGCCUCGCAAUCAUGACGGAUGCGCUUCAUAUGUUAACGGACCUCAGUGGCAUUAUUUUGACCCUCCUUGCUUUGUGGCUGUCUGGGAAAUCGCCCACAAAAAGGUUCACCUUUGGAUUUCAUCGCUUAGAGGUCUUGUCUGCCAUGUUCAGUGUCUUGCUGAUUUAUAUCCUUAUGGUUUUCCUCUUGUAUGAAGCUGUUCAAAGAACCAUCCACAUGGACUAUGAAAUCAAUGGAGAUAUCAUGCUAAUUACAGCAGCCAUAGGUGUGGCAGUGAACCUCAUAAUGGGCUUUCUGCUGAACCAGACUGGCCACCUUCACUCCCAUUCACAUGCCCCUGCGUCUGUUCCGGCCAAUCCUUCCAGUACAACUUCGGGGCACGGCCACGCCCACGGCAGCCUGGCUGUGCGAGCUGCGUUUGUGCACGCCCUCGGAGACUUGGUGCAGAGUAUCGGUGUCCUCGUAGCUGCGUAUAUCAUUCGUUUCAAGCCAGAGUACAAGAUUGCCGAUCCAAUCUGCACAUAUGUGUUCUCGUUACUUGUGGCUUUCACAACGUUUCAGAUCGUACGAGAUACAGGAAUAAUUGUGCUUGAAGGAGUUCCAAAGCAUUUGAAUGUGGAUCGUGUUAAAGAAGAGUUGAUGAAAAUUGAAGACGUGUUUUCAGUAGAAAACCUGCAUCUUUGGUGCCUAACGGCUGGAAAAAUAAUUGCAGUCGUGCACUUGCAGCUAGUUCCCGGUGGUUCAUCAAAGUGGGAGGAAGUCCAGUCCAAGGCUCGACGGCUGUUGCUGACCACGUUUGGGAUGCACCAGUGCUCUAUCCAGCUUCAGAGCUACAGGCGAGACGAGGACAAACCUUGUGCAAACUGUCAGAUUUCCAGUGCCUAACUUGCCACACGUUUUAGGGAUUUGCUGCCUUAUUCUCUCUAUCUUGCAGCCCAAGACCACAAAGCAAUAAAUGCAAGAUUUACAAAUGGAACGGUACCCCUGGAUCUGCAUUGGCAAUCAGUGCAUCAGCAAGGGCUGGAACUGGCAAUAGCAUUGGAUCAGGACUACCCUUCCAUGAAGACUAGUUAUCUCUCUCUUCCCCUCCCACCCCUUACUGUAUUUUGCUAGGGUUUUCAUACCAAGAUUUUUCCAGCAUAUUGUUUACAGGUUGCAUUAUGACUGGGUGGAUACCUCGUAGAAUAAACUUCCAUGUUGCCAUUUUAACUGUAUAACAGUACUUACCGACACCCCAAAAGGGGCACCAGGAAUUCUCUUCUAGAGUUGUUGUUUUUUUUAAAAGGGUUGACAAGGUUGAUCAUGUGAGUGAUCUAUAAAGUUGAUCCUUGAACUGGUUACAUUGUAUUUUUUGAAAUCCCUAACAGCCAGAUUUAGUACCUUUGCUUAAAAAGAUGCUGCAGGGAUAACGGAGCCCAUUUAAUAAGUUGUCUCUUCAUGCAAAUUGAAUUUUUAGGAAGUAAAAUUAACUGUAACCAGUCCUUUAAAAUUAACCUUUAAGCUAUUAUCCAACUGAUUAAAAAGUAUUUACUGGGACAAACUACCAGUUGCUUAACUGAAGAUUUUGAGGCUGAACCCAUGGCAUUUAAAAGGAUCUGUUGUCUUUUGAAUGGGUUUUUUUUUGGCAUAGGACUCAUACUGUAGAAAAUCAUAUAUAAUUUCUUUGAGUAUAUGUGGUUGACUUUGAGAUGACCCUUCUUAAUCAUCUUGAAUGUUUUAUCCUUUAGGAGGCCAUUUGGUUAGCAUGGAUUUUACUUAAAAUAUGCUGUAGGGACUUCCUUGUGAUUGAUUUGCCUCGCUAAAAUAUAAGGGACCUUCUGGAAACCAUAUUAAUCACAAAGAUCAAAUCAGUAGAUGUAACACAGGCAGUCAAGAAAUAAGAGGACCAAGACUUCAGAUAGGUUGCAGUCCCCAAAGCUUAGAACUGUGAGAACUUGGUUUCCAUUUUGUCUUAGCAGUCCCUUCUGAUCAAUAUGGCUUUUGCAUGAUAUAUGCUAAAAGUGUGCCAGUGAAAUGUUAGUGGUUUGGUGAACCAUAUUGCCUUUCAUUCAAAUGGGGAAGCACACCAACUUGUUUGUGUGGCUCUUCUAACUAUCUUAAAGUCAACCUUCCUUUCUGACCUCUGCUGAAUGCAGGCCUUAAACCACAUGACAGACACCAAAUGUUUGUUGGCUUCUCCUUAAUGUGAGCAUGAAGGGAAAACAAGGAGGAGAGGCCAUCCUUGGAUAAUGUUCCACUCGGAUCAGAGGUAAUCCAGGGCCAAACUGAAUGUAGAUCAAUGUCUUAUAAAAUAAAAAUACCAAGAUUUGGCUUGAUUGCUUAUUCUAAUUUGAGAAAACUCCUCUCAAUGCAAACAACAUCUUGGUGUAAAAAAUGCAGUAUAGUUUUUGGCGAAUACUGGUAGCUUUCCUUCGGAGGCUACCAAUUUUAAAACCCAGCUAGCCCAGAUGUUUUAAUUUCCUUAGAGUAUUUAAUUAGCUGCAAUUCGAUCAGUCAAAAGGGUAGUUCCAUUUGAUCUCUAACAACAAAAUUAGAAGUAGGGGAAUGAAGUAGUAAAACAGAAGGACCAUUUGCCAGCAUACUUGGACAGAGUAAUUGGAUAAUUAUUUAGAAUGUAGUCUUAAAUGGACAGUAACUUCAUGUAACUUCUAUGAUUGUUCAAAUAUCAAUAUUUAUCUGUAGGCUUUAAAAUUCAAAACGACAAUUGUUUUCUUUUAAAGUAGUUGGGACAAAGUUAAAUUUGGAAUGUAACUUUAGCCAUUCAGCUAUCGCAUGUAGCAAUUGUGAUAGUAUUGCUUUUUAAAGACAUCCUCUGAUGGAAUUUUGAAGUGUGUUGGGAAUUGGUACCUUAAACUAUUUUAAUGCUCACUUGUUUGGUUUCUUGUGCUUGGGGUUAGCCAAAACAUCUCUCCUUCUACUCAUCCCAUCCCGAGAUGAAAUUUCAGUAUUAGUUGGUGCACUUUGCUCAAACUUGUGUAUUCUUCCAAAACCAAAGUGGAAAUCUUACAAUACAGUUUGCUUGCAUUUCCAACUCAGAGAUGAAGAGCUGGUAUCUUUGGAAACCUGUUGUUUUGCUACAUAACACAAAGCCAUAUCACAGUUUGUGAGAAAUUUUGUGUAUCCCUUCUAUAUGAACUUUCUGGAAGCCAGGUAUUUUUGCACACAAUGGAUAUUCCAUAAUGGAUAUUUCAUUCAGCUGGGGUUUACAGUACAUAUGACUAGAAAUUGGGUUUGGUAGAUCUGUACUGUACUUGGAGUUUUUUAUUGUAAUUAUUUACUCUAUAUUUGUUUAAUUAAAUGGAUGUGUUGCUUUAAUGUGGAUUUAUCAAAUUGGUUAUUAAACUGCCAAAUCUUUUGGUGUAUCAUUCAUA